AUGAAGCUCGUAAGAUUUUUGAUGAAGUUGAACAACGAGACGGUGACCGUCGAGCUCAAAAAUGGUUCAGUUGUGCACGGGACAUUGACAGGUGUCGAUGUCCAGAUGAACACUCAUCUUAAAAACGUCAAGCUCACGUCGCGAAACCGCGAACCAACUGCACUGGAUACUUUGUCUAUUCGCGGGAAUAACAUUCGGUACUUUGUACUUCCCGACGCGCUCAACCUCGACGCGCUAUUAGUGGACGAUGCGCCCAAGCCCAAGGGCAAAAAGAAGGAUGACGCUCGCGGACGCGGACGAGGCCGUGGUGGAGAUCGUGGCCGCGGUGGAGGUCGUGGCGGUCCUCGUGGCCGUGGCCGUGGCCGGUAA